AUGGCCAAAGCAUCAAAAUCUGCUCCCCCAGCUGUCGCUGCCAAAGACAAUGCUGAUAAAAAGGCAUUGAAAAAGUCCAAAAAGGACGGUGAGAAGGUAGCUUCCGCCCCCGCCCCCGUCAAGGAGGAGAAAAAGUCAAAGAAGUCAAAGAAAGCCAAGACCCCUACUCCCCCUCCACCUCCUUCCGAGAGCUCUAGCUCUGAAUCUGAAUCUGAGGAGGAGUCCUCCGAUGAGGAUUCUUCUGACGAUGAGGAAGAGGCCAAGCCUGCUGCCCCUGCCCCUGCUGCUGCUGCUGCCGCCGCUGAGGAGUCAUCUGACGAAGACUCAUCCGACGACUCUGAUUCCGAGUCCGAAGAGGAGGCCAAGCCCGCUGCCAAGGCUGAGGAGAAAGUAGAAGCUAAGAAAGACGAGUCAUCCGACGAAGACUCUUCCGACGACAGUGACUCUGAAUCUGAGGACGAGGAAGAGGUCAAGGAGGAGCCCAAGACUAACGGCAAGCGAAAGGCUGCUGACGAAGAGGAGGCUGCUGCCCCCGCUCCUGCUAAGAAAGCUCGAGCCGAAGAUGACGAGGAGGCCUCAACAAACGUUUUUGUUGGUCAACUCUCUUGGAACGUUGACAACGACUGGCUCAAAUCAGAGUUUGAGGACUGUGGUGAAGUUGUCUCUGCCCGAGUUGUCUUCGACCGAGACUCACAACGAUCAAGAGGUUUCGGUUACGUCGAGUUCACCGACCUUGAAAGUUCCGCUAAAGCUAUCGACAAGAACGGUCACGAAGUUGAUGGUCGAGCUAUCCGAGUCAACUAUGCUACUCAACGAAACCCCGCACAAGCUUCCGAGAAACGAGCUCAAGCUUUCGGUGACAAACAAUCUCCCCCUGCUGAAACCCUUUUCAUCGGAUCAUUAUCCUUCUCCAUCACUGAAGACCAAAUCUACGAGGCUUUCGGUGAACACGGUGAUGUUCAAAGCGUUCGAUUGGUCACCGACCGAGAGACUGGUGCUCCCAAAGGUUUCGGUUACGUUCAAUUCGGCGAAGUUGACCAAGCUACUGCCGCUCUCAACGCCUUAAACGGUCAAUCCAUUGCUGGCCGACCUAUCCGAGUUGAUUACGCUCCCCCUAAGAGAGAUGACGGUGGACGAGGUGGUUUCGGUGGCGGCCGAGGUGGUGAUCGAGGAGGACGAGGAGGAGGUCGAGGUGGUGGACGAGGUGGAUUUGGUGGUGACCGAGGAGGACGAGGUGGUGGACGAGGUGGCUUCAACGACCGAGGUGGACGAGGUGGUGGUCGAGGACGAGGUGGUCCUCCCCGAGGUGGUGCCCGAACUGGUGGUAUCGUCAAGGCCGAGGGUUCAAAGGUUACCUUCGAUUAA